CCUUCUACCUGCUUCCACCAGCUGAUUUGUUACGUGCGCAUGUUGCUGGCUAACGGUUCCCAAGUAUUGUGAUGGGAUACGGCCAAAAAUAAAAGAUCUUGUAGCCCUUUUCAGUAGGCAGGAUCAUGAUUGAUUCGUUUUUCAUUUCAACUUAAUUUACGGUCGGAGAUAUGAGACCAAGUUUAAUGCCUGAUCUCACUCGAUAAGAUCGUUCUAUGGACUGAGAUAGUCUACGAACAUUAUUUCAGCAAAUGAUCGACUAUCGGUAAUUUCUACAUUACAUAAUUCAGUAUUUUAUGCGGAAUUCAUGUUGCGAUAAGUCGAUCGGUUUUCUAGGCUCUCUCGCAUACCUUAGCGCCAGCCUUACCCUCGCGGGGCCAAUCCAUCAUGAGUUCAUCCAACGAAGGGGCAGAGCUAAGGCUCGUCUCAUCUAUACGCUACAAAUUCGCUAGUGUUUCCGGAGAUGAGAAAAAGCUCAGCGAUGCGCUUCACGCUCAACUCGUUCCCCUCCUUGAGAAAGCUGGUAGUCCUCAUAAGGCUGUUCGAGAUGCUGCCUUUCAAGCAUUCAUCAGUGUCAAUAACUUUGCUAAGCCCGUAGGCGUUGUUCUGCCGGUUGCGGCUCUUGUGAAUCAGUACAAGAACACAGGUUCACCUAUGGUCAAGCAACUAGACUUGAACCUCAUAAAGCAGGGAAUUUUGAGACUCGAUCAACCGAAGCGACGAGAACUCCUUCCGAUUGUUCUUCGAGGAAUAUCCAAAGAGAGUAGCCCAGCUAGUGCAGCUGGGUUCUUUAAUAUUUUCUUGCGCUUGCUCCUUGACAUUAAGAUCCCGGGACGGGGCAGUAACGAAGACCUUACGCUUCGGGAGCGUACCGGGCUCUCGGACCCGGCCGAUGCCAGCUAUGUAUCGCAGUGGCUUGGCAAGCUCUUCCUCUUAAGACAAGACUUAGCAUUGGCAAAAGACGAACAACUCGAUGAAAAGCUCAAGGCUUUGCCAUCAGGGCUCUCCAGAGAAGAUGUUGCGUUCCUCAGGAAUAACAAUCCCCAAGCCUGGCAACCGGGUAGUCCGGCUAGCUUGAGUUUGCCGGAGUGCAAAGUUAAGGCUGUCAAUUUUCUGGCUAGUGGCGCAUUCACAGACCACGAACGUUAUAUACCGGCCAUAUGUGCUGCUGGUUCCGCAGAUUCACGUAUCACAUCGAUCGCUGAUGACGUCUUGAAGCGGUCAAACGUCAGUCUCGAAGAUAAAAAUAUGAUCAAAUCGCUUUAUAGUGCGCAUAAGAAAUAUCCUGCCGCCCACCGAAUACAGAUCCUCAAGCUAUUGUCUAAGUCUACAGUUGCGUGCAGUUUCAAGGAUGAAGUUGUAGAAGCUGUCAAGCAGGAUUUUGACCUGGGAUCUGGCGAUGCUGCUUCUGUCCUAGGUCUUGAAGCACUCCGGCUUAACAAGGCAUUGCUGGCAUUUCUAGGUUGGAUCGCUAGAAAUAGCUCCACUUCCCCUGAUGCUAGUAAUGACAUGGGUCCUGCUCUCGUUUUAAUAUUGAAAGACUAUAUUCUGAGACAAGGGUGGCCGGAAUAUACUCCUCGAGGAAAUCAAUCGCAAAUUCAAGACGAACAGAGAUUACGAGCUAAUGCAUACGAAACUAUCGGUAUUCUAGCUCGAGGAAGCCAUUUCGAACAUAAAGCGAAAACUUCUCUUCUCAAGUGGCUCUUCGACUCCCUCGUCUCCGAUCCAACUUUGGACAUAGUAGUCUAUAUUGAGAGCGCCUUGUCGAGUAUUAUGGGCCUUUUCAAGCCAACUACUCCGGCAGAAACCCGCGAUCUUGAAAUAUUACUCCUCGACUAUAUGACGUUGCCCGCAGUACAAGGUAGAAGGACGGCACGGCAUGUCGCGGCACGUUUUGCAAACAAUUGCCUUCCUUACCAUAAUAUUCAAGCUCGGUGGAUCAAUAUUCUUGCAUUAAGCAGUAGUGGAGGUUCUUCCGAGCGACGCGACGUUCUAGAAGAGGGCCAGCGCGGACUUGAUCCAUGGUGGGCCACCAAAUUACACCCCGACGAUGCGCUUGUUUUACCCGAUUGGAUAGAAUUAACGAAUACAUUUUUUGCAAUCGACGAUGAUGACGACGGCGACGAGAAUCGAAUGGACAUAGACCACGCAUCUAGAUAUACCCUAUUCCGAAAGAACUCUAUAAACGCUUUCCCAAUUGCGCUGCAUUUCGUCAAACAAAUACUAUUUCUUACCGCUUUGAACGAGAAGAAAUUCGAGGUAGAUUGGGAGUCACAGUUAGAACGAAAUAUAGAGAAUAGUCUGGAAGCCCGCCAUACCGUUAGACAAUACUUCGCCAAUGCAGACGAGACUCCCUUUAUAUCACUCUUCCAAGCAGCAUUUAAUGGACUUGAAGAUCACCCCGAGGUUGGCACGGAGGAAAGUAUUCGCUGUAUCGCAGAGAUCAUGACAUUUUCUCCGUUCAAAUCACUCCAACAAUCGGCAAUGCUCACUGGAUGCCUCCCAGACAGAGUACCAAUAUUACUCCCUACAAUCAAGUCGAAUAACCAAAAGGUGAGGCAGCUGACGUCACAAGUUUUUGGACAACUUGCACCGUGGUAUAUCCAUUAUGAUACCCUCGUUAUUCAAUUACGGGAUGUGGUCAAGUCCAAUCAAGAGCCUUCGGCUUCGAUGUCUGCGGAAUAUCAAGGCUCGCUUACCUGUCUGGCCAGUUUCUUUUCUCGAGGGGUCUACUACAACCGAUUCGACCAUAAAACGGCGACCGACGAGGCCCGGAUUAUCUACGAGAGCUUCAUAUCUGCGAUGAAGAAGGGAAGCACGGAUAUCCAAGCUGUUGCCAUGGAGUCCAUGUCUCAAUUAUGGACUGCGAACAUCCUGUUUCCUGCCAAGGAGGAUGAUUUGACGGAGACUAUAGACUCGCUCGCUAAGCUUGCGACCGCAGGAAACGAAAAAGCAAUUCGUGCGUUAGGAAGAUUAGCUGUGCCGUCUCUAGCCGAUGCGUCGGAUGACGCGACAGGACCUGUAUUACGAAUCUUGGACAAGUUAUUCGAGUUAUAUGAGAUUAAGAGAACGGAAAUUCAUUUUGCCACGGGAGAAGCAAUUGCAUGUGCAAUUGCUCGUUGGGAUUCUGAAGCCGUACAACUUGAGCUGGACGUAAGACCCGAGGGAACUGGUCUAACCGACGUCAUCGAAGUUCUUAGGAAACGGCCCGCUAGAAUCAGCGCCACUCUUGAUAAACUCAUUUCUGACUGCAAGACUACCAAGCCGUCGCUUUUGAAGGCAUCCGGUAUAUGGUUGUUCUGUAUCAUUCAAUACUGCUCUAAUCUCCCCGAGAUCCAGUCUCGCUUACGUGAGUGUCAAGUUGCAUUUAUGCGAUUGCUUACAGCUCGCGACGAACUUGUACAAGAAACUGCAUCGCGGGGUCUUGCGUUGGUGUACGAAAAGGGAGAUGAGUCGCUCAAGGGCGAUCUUGUGAAGGACCUUGUCGCAAGCUUUACGGGAACCAAAACUCAAUUGAAGGUUGACGAUGAUACUGAGCUUUUUGACGCUGGUGCCCUACCAACAGGGGAAGGCAAAUCUAUCACUUCAUAUAAGGAUAUCAUCAGCCUCGCCAACGAAGUUGGUGAUCAAAGCCUUAUUUACAAGUUCAUGGCUCUAGCCACCAAUGCUGCGACAUGGACUGCCCGUUCCGCAUUUGGCCGAUUUGGUUUAAGCAAUAUCUUAUCUGACGCUGAACUGGAUCCCAAGAUAUAUCCGAAAUUGUAUCGGUACCGAUUCGAUCCAAAUUCCAACGUCCGAAGAUCGAUGGAUGAUAUCUGGAAAGCUGUUGUCAAAGACCAAACAGUCGUUCUCGACACUUAUUUCGAUGCUAUCAUGAACGACCUUUUGAAAAGCAUAUUGGAUGGAAGAGAAUGGCGCGUACGAGAAGCUAGCUGUGCUGCGAUCGCCGAACUCAUCUACGGGCAGCCAUUCCCCAAAUAUGAAAAGUACUAUACGGAUAUUUGGAAAGUGACUUUGAGAGUUUUAGAUGACCAGAAGGGCUCAGUCAGAGCCGCGGCGUUGAAGUUGUGCAUGGGUUUAUCGAAGACCCUGGUUACACAACUCACAGAGAACAAUUCUUCUGCCUCUGCAAAGGCGAUGAUUGCUCAGGUCUUGCCAUUCUUAUUAUCCGAUAAGGGUAUCGAGAAUUCAGUCCAGGAAGUCAAGGCUAUGGCAAUCACCACAGUCCUAGAUGUUGUCAAGAAUGGAGGCGAUGCGUUGAAGCCAUUCAUUCCUGUCAUCAUUACACAUUCACUUGGGCUUCUUAGCACGGUGGAGCCCGAGGUCGUCAAUUAUUAUUACCAAAGAGUUGGCGAGGAGGAUCGUGAAGGUCUUGAUAAGCUGCGAAGUACCGCUGCUACGCGAUCGCCUAUGUUCGAAUGCGUCGUUAACUGCUUACGGUUCGUUGAUGAUGAUGUUAUGAAGGAGUUAGCUCCACAACUGGUCUCGACUAUAAAGUCGGCCAUCGGCAUGCAGACGAAAAUUGGUUGCGCCGAAGUCCUCAGCACCCUGGCUCUUCGGCACAGCAUUCUUUUGCCGCCGUAUAACGCGACCUUCCUAAAGACAAUGGAGACACAGAUCCUUGAUCGAAAUCACGAAACGAGUAAAGCGUACGCUAGGAGUGCUGCUUAUUUAUUACGAUCAGCGACUUUAGAAACUCGAGAUCGGUUCACUUCCAGGCUUCUAGAUCUAUACUUUGGAUCUGAAGACGAUACUAGGCGACAGAAGAUUUCCGACGCGGUAUUAGCUAUAGCUAAGGUUUCUCCGGACGCAUUCACCGACCUAGAGGCCCGCCUCCUACCUUUUGCAUACUUGGGAAAACAUGACACCGAUGAUUAUGUCUCGGAGGAGUUUGAGGCUGUCUGGAAUCAACAUGCCGGAGGAAGCCAUAGUGUAAAGCGUUUUGUGGAUGAAAUCACAGACCUGGUGUCAAAGGGUCUGAAUACUUCGAAGUGGGCUCUUCAACACGGUGCUGCCUUAACAAUCGCAUCUAUGAUUACGGCCUUGAGUAGUGGUGUAGGCAAGGAUGGACAGUUCGCCGACGCGGAUCUACGGAGAAUAUGGCCAGUACUAGAUAAGGCGCUCUCGCUCAAAACGUUCAAGGGCAAGGAGAAACUGGUGGUCGCAUAUCCCCUCUUCGUGCGGCACGGUAAGAAGCUUUGGACGUCGGAUUCGGCUUUUGCGGCACAAUUGAAGAAGAUCGCUAUCCGCGAGGCGAAACGGAAUAACGACGAGUAUAGACCCCAUGCUUUCCAAGCACUUGCGGAGUUUGCUAGCGCCAGGGAGGACUUGGAUAUGUACGCGGAAGCAGUUGGUUUGGUCUCGGAACACUUGAAACCUGACGAGGAAGCGCAUAAAGUCACGGAGCUGGAGCGGAGGACAGCCGAUGCGGCACUCAAAGUGGCCUUAACGGCAUACAAUCGUCCAAAGAUGCAAGCGAACCCGGCUACUGUACUCGGCGAGAUAGCUACUACGAUGGAAGGUGCCAAAGAGGCGAUCUCGCUGGCUAAGGAUACUUGGUUCACGGGUGCGACCGAGAUCAUAGAUCAAGCAGCAUCUUCGGAAGGUUCUUCUGAUCCAUCUGGUGGAGUAGUCGCUACCCGAUGGUUCCGCUUACUGGCAGCUGACGAAAAUAACGUCGUUCUUGAAAACCAGCGAUCGAGCAGGGCUAAAGCACUUGACUCGUUCGUCAAGGCAUGGAAGAAGGGCAUAUUUGGCCCAGCUAGUGGACAAGGACCACUGCAUGAGGAGAUGGCGCAGAAGAUUAAGGCGAUGAUAGAGGGAGAGCGUUCGAUUGAUGUCCAGAAGCUUUUGGGCCAGGUAGUUCAACAGCUUGCCUCUUAGAGGACGAUGGGAUAAUGAGUAAAUGAGACGUUUGAUAGAUUUUUUUAAUUGAUUUGCAUCUCACAUAUGAAUCAGCUUACAGAGUAAUGGAUAUAGAGGUCGGAUGUUGUAACAUGUUAUGACGUCUUUCCACAUCCACUCAGUGAUAAUUAAUUAUGGCUAGUGACUUGUUACUGCCUACUUGCCUCUAUAUUCUUUGGUCGUGAUAUCCGCAGGAAAAAAUUAUGAUUCACACCUGCAUCACUUAGGGUAGGUGCGUGCUGUCGGUGGCGUUCCGAGGUUGGCGUUCGUUACCUAAAGGCAGGCGCAAGAGGCCGUCACCGAUCCGCUAUGUACCCCUCAGGUACCCAUUAACAUUCGUAACCAUGUACAUAUGUACUUUGACACCAAGGUACAGUCACUGAGACAAUACCUUGAUGAAUAUGCAGUAUUAAAAAUUCUGCCCGUUAAUACGCCUAAUAUUGCGC